GCGCGUGCUCGUAUAUCUAACUGCGACCAGCUCGGAGCUAAGCCUCCACAAUUCCUGGUAGCUGUCACCCGGAAGACGCAAGAUUUGGAAAGCUGUGCAAAGCGCUACACCCUCUCCGUCGCUGAGGCGACUGCUCUUGAAUAAUGUCUGCCGUGAUCAAUCGAUAAGAUUUAUGUCAGCAGGCAAGGACUCCCUCGACUGCGCUGUUCUGGUCGACCACAAAGUACACCUGGAUUAACGGCGCGAACUCUUUCGUUAUUUGGACGCUUUGCAACAGAGGUGCGGGAUGGGAUAAAUCCAGUUGAGUUACACCAGGAUCCGAGAAUCUCUUCAGUCGAAUUCCGCAAAAGUGUCUGGAAGAGCGUUGCGAACAAAGCGCUUCUACCUGGAAAGGAGCUGCAGACAACAUUGGUAAGACGGCGACAUGUCUCGAUUAUGAAACGUGUUACUUCAGCACCGGAUUAUAGAACAGCUAUUGCAGGUGCCUCAGAUAUGACUGGCUGUAUAAACCAAAGGAAGUUGCAACGCUCACUGUGAUAGUGGAACUGCCUGCCUUUUACUGCUUGAGAUUCACAUGCUCAGACAGCAAUCUGUCAAUUGCUUUGAAGCACAGCUCUGACCACAAGGCUUUGCCGUGUGAACAACUACUAUCAAAAAAUGAUUCUUAGGACUGCCAACUGGUGUAUCUGCCUUCAGCUGGCACUUUUACGAGGCCUUGUGUCUGACCUUACUCCUCGACUGACUUUCUCCAUUCAUGAUCAAAGUCGUCUUGUGGUUCACUUCAGAGACUCAGAAUAUUAUAAUACAACUACAUUACUACUUAACAAUGAUCAAGAAAUUCUGUUUGUUGGGGCACGAGAUGCAAUACUUGUUGUGAAUAUCAGUCAGCCAGGGAUCAUGAAAUUAAGAAAUGUGAUCUCCUGGGAAGCUUCACCAACAAAAAAGCAAGAAUGUGUUAUGAAAGGAAAAAACAACAUGACAGACUGCUUUAAUUACAUUCGGGUUCUCCUGCCCUUAAAUGAGACAACUCUAUAUGUCUGCGGCACCUAUGCCUUUAGUCCCAUGUGUGCCUAUGUUGAUUCCAGAUUUCAUUCAAACAGCAUCGACAUGGCAACAGAUGAUGGUAAAGGUCGCUGCCCCUUUGAUCCAUACCAGAGACACACUGCUGUUAUUGUGGAUGGUGAGCUGUAUGCUGGCACUGUGUCCAACUUCCAGGGUAGUGAGCCCGCAAUCUCCCGCUAUCUAGGUGAACCAAACCGUAUGGGAAUGAAGGUGGAUAAUGCUCUUGGCUGGUUGCAAGAUCCUACAUUUAUCAACUCAGUUUUAAUCAGAGGAAGCCAUGGGGAAGACAGAGUGUAUUUCUUCUUCAGUGAACAAGGAAAAGAAUAUGACUUUGUUGAGAAAUACACAGUUUCACGUAUUGCACAAGUUUGCACGAGUGAUGUUGGAGGAGUGAGAGUUCUUCAGAAGCGCUGGACUACUUUUGUUAAAGCAGAGAUCUCAUGCGUUUCCCCUGGUGAGAUGCCAUUUAAUGUCAUUCAUGAUGUCUUCACACUUCAUGGGCCACAAGGGACUGCUGAUGAGACUCUUUUCUAUGGAGUCUUUAGCUCUCAAUGGUAUGGAGUUACAGGGCAGUCAGCAGUCUGUGCAUUCAACCUAAAACAAGUCAAAGAAGUAUUUAAUGGGAAUUAUAAGAAACUAGACAGAGACACUCAACGCUGGGUAUCAAAGCCUGAAAUACAUGUCAAACCUGGGACGUGUGGUGUAAAUAAUACAUUGGAUUCCGUACUCACUUUGGUGAAGGAGACAUUUUUAGCAGACGAGAGGAUUAAACCAGAAGGAAGUCGUCCAUUACUGGUUUCUCGGAAAGACCGAUAUAAAAAGAUUACAGUGCACAAAGUGCAAACUUACACUGUUCUCUUCCUUCUUACUGAAAAUGGAGCAUUGCACAAAGUUGUACUUUUGAAGAAUGAUGUUCACAUCAUUGAAGAGAUCCAAUUAUUUAGCAAGCCACAAGCUGUGGAAAACCUUAUUUUGUCUCCUAAAAAGAGAGCUGUCUUUGUGGGGUCCUCUGAAGGAAUUUUCCAGGUUCCAUUCUCAAACUGUGGUGUCUACCAAAGCUGCGGUGAUUGUAUUCUAGCUAGGGAUCCAUUCUGUGGUUGGGACAGCAGUCGUAAUAUAUGCACAGAGACAGAUUUGCAUGAAAAGAGACUUGUUCAAGAUAUUGAAAAUGGGAAUGCUUCCAAACACUGUAUCACACCGAUCAUUAAACCCAGAAUGAAACAUAUUUCUUCUCCAAAGAACAAAAAUAUGAUAGAUGAAACCAUUACUGUGACCAUGUACCAACCUGUGACACUCAGCUGUUCAGUUGCUUCUCAAAAAGCCUAUCUAAAAUGGGAGUUACCUUCAAAGAAAACCCACUCUUAUGUGUUCCUCAAAGAUAACAAUCGAACCAUUGUAUUUAUAACCACAAAAGAUAUUCUGGGUGAAUUCAAGUGCAUCUCUGUAGAAAAUGGCUUUGAGCAGUUUCAAGCACGCUACAUAGUUAAAGAGAAAGACACAAUACCAUUUCCAGCUGGCCAUACUUCCAACAGGGCUCAAACAGUUACACAAUAUGGAGAAACCAGCCAGCCAGAAACCACUGUGACCGGAGAGUCAGGCACAUCUCAGAUGUAUAAUAUGCCUGAACAAGACAUCACUGUGAACUUGUCGAAAAAGGAUGAGGCUUUUUUUAAAAGUGAAAAAGGAGAUGCAGAGACCAAGCAGACAAUGAAGCAGACCAUCAUCCAAAAGAGCUAUUAUAGUGAAUUUGUGACAGUGAUGGUUUUAUUGACGAUAGCAGUCAUUUUCAUAGUUCUUGGAGUUGUUUCCCUUUGGUACCAAAGGAAUCGGGAGAAAGCAAGGGUACAAGGCUGUGAUGCCACUGGGAAAGUGGUCCCUGGAGAGUGCUGUCCCCAGGAGCAGGUGCCUUUUACUGAAGAGAAGGGUCAGAUUAGCGUCCAAGUGGAUCAGAAAGGAGCAGAGGUAGAAGAUAUGAAGCACAAAUGUCUCAGCACUUCAAAUGGCAAGCAAAAUACAGAGGAGUAAAAAUGUUAAGAGCUUUUUUUCAACAAAUGUGUUUCAUUUAACCUCAGGAAGUACUCUUCAGCUCAUACUGCCAUGUUUCUGUGUUAUAACCACUGAAAAUAGGAAUGAAGUACAGGCCUACAAAAAUGUCAUAGGUAUAAGAUCACACUGUCUUGUUAUCCCAAUGAUAUUCUUAUAAGCCUGCAGCUUUGCAGAUUUGGAAUCAAGAAAUUAUGUUUCAUCUCCAAGGGAAGUCAUUUUAACAUGAAGUUUAAUAAUCUUUGAAUUUUGCUGUGCUUGGCCAAUGACAUUUAACACUUUCUGUGCUACAUUAAAAGAACUGUAAUACAUGUAAUAUUUAUAAUAUUGUAUAUGUGUACAAAUGCACCUGGCACAUUUUCUACUUGACUUGCAUGCCAGUGACUUUUAAAUUUAGUACAGCUGUUUAUUUUUUUUAACUGAUUAUCUUUGUCACUGUAAAAAAAACAAAGAAAUUCUUAUUUAUUUCAGACUGUAUAAAUAUGGUAUUGCUAGUAAUAUGUGAUAAGGCAUCUUUUCAAAUAUUUUAAUUAAAUGUUAAAAUCUGAGUUGUUCUGGUUGUUGAAAGUGUAGUAUAAUUUAACUGCAGACGUUAGUUUUUCUUUAGAAAUGUGAAGGUAUUGUGUGAUGUGAAACUUGGGUAAACUUGGUUUCUAACCACUGCACUCUUCAGACCUAUCUGACCGCUUCUUCCCUUUGGUUUGCUUAUCAUUUCAAUAUAGCAAAUAGAGUAUUUAUAGCCUGCAUUUAUUUGUCAUUUGGGCAGAACAUUUGUUUGUUUGUUCCUUAGGGGUUCAAAUUAGAGUAGUGCUGCCAGUAAACAAAAUUGACAAAUGAGACAACGUUCCUUUAUGUCGCAUUAGCACAAUCUAGACAAGAACAGGCCAUUCAGCCCAACAAAGCUCACCAGACCUGUCCACCUAAUUAUUCCAAAAUAACAUCAACCUGAGUUCUGAAAGCCUCAAAAGUCAUAAUAUCUAUUAUACUACUUGUUAGUUUAUUCCAUGUGCCUGUGGUUCUUUAUGUAAAGAAAAACUUCAUGAUGUUUGUGCGAAAUCUAACCUUAACAAGUCUCCAGUUGUGCCCAUGUUCUUGAUGAACUCAAUUUAAAAUAACAGCUUCCAUCCAUUGUACUAAUUCCCUUCGUAAUUUUAAACACGUCAAUCAUGCCACAUCUCGUUUUGCUUAAACUGAAACGCCCCAGCUCUUUAAAUCUUUCUUUAUAAUUCAUCCCCUGUAGCCCUGAAUUAGCCUAGUCGCUCUUCUUUGGACCUUUUCUAGCGCGACUAUGUCCUUUUUUAGUCUGACGACCAAAACUGCACACAGUACUCCAGAUGAGGCAUCACCCGUGCAUUAUAAAGGUUUCAGCAGAACCUCCUUGGACUUGUACUCUGCACAUCGUGCUAUAUAACCUAACAUUCUUAAUGGCUUCUAAACACUGUCAGGUUUUUAUUUUAAAUAUACCUGUAGUGUAACAAAUUAGCCAAAUAGAAAAAAUUAUACAAAUAAGUAUUAUUUAAAUAUUACUUCUACUGUCUUGUGUGACAACUAGUUUCUAAUACACUAGAUAAACCUAUAAUUGAUGUUCAUUCUUUUAAAGCAGGUAAAGUUUUAAAUGAAAAUUUCAAUGUUAUAAAACAAACCAAAACUCCUAAAGAAACUAACCUGAAAUCAAACCCUUUUCCCCCAACACUGAGUAUUUCUGUGAUCUUUCCCUCCUAAGCAGUCAAUAUUUCGGUGUUGUUGUUAAACACAUUCAUCUUUGAGGAUUGAUGCAAGUAACUAGAUAUGAAAGAAUAGCCUUUAUGGCAUUUUUAGAUUUUUAUUAAAACUUUAAGUAACAUGGCAUAUUACAUAAGUAUAUACAAACACUUCUUAAUAUUAGAGGAAUAGCUUUUUGCUGUUUAUUUAUUUGACGUAUUAUUCAUAUUUUUUCACCUACUUGAUAAGAUGUAAAUAAAAACUCAGUCUCCUGUUAAAAAUAUGUAGGUGUGCAUAUUUGUUUUAGAAAUUAAUCUCAUGCUGUAAAGCCGGAGUGUAGAAGUAAGUUCAGGCCAGAAAUAACUUCUCAUUAGGAAUUUAGUAGAAAUGAAAACAAAAGAAAAUUGUCAUUUACAAUUAAAAUAAAUGUGUAUCCCAUAUUGAUUAUCAGUUCUCCAUC